AUGCCUAACGGUUCUUCAAAGGGUUAUUGCUUGUUAGGGUUUCCGUUCGGGGUUCUUCUUUUCCUCGUCUUUUCCUCUUUCCCUAUGAAUGAAUCUCCACAUCAACAGUUCUUUUCUUCACUUACUCUGUCGUCCUCUCUUCUUGACCACACGAACGCAUUACAAUCCUCAUCUUCUACUUCUUCUUUAUCAAACUCUCCUACCAUUUCGAUAAAGAAAAGGAGCAAUCUUGAGAGAAGAGAAGAAGAGUUGAGGAAAGCAAGAGUUGCAAUCAGAAGAGCCGUCAAGCUUAAGAAUUACACGUCCAACGAAGACAUGACUUACAUCCCCACAGGCCAAAUUUACAGAAACUCAUUUGCCUUUCAUCAGAGUCAUAUAGAAAUGAUGAAAAGGUUCAAAGUAUGGUCGUACAAAGAAGGAGACCAGCCACUGGUUCAUGAUGGACCGGUGAACGAUAUCUAUGGAAUCGAGGGACAAUUCAUCGACGAGCUAGAAAAUGUGAUGGGCGCCCGGUUUAGGGCUUCCCAACCAGAGGAAGCUCAUGCCUUCUUCUUGCCUUUCUCCGUUGCCAACAUUGUCCACUACAUUUACAAACCUAUCACGUCACCUGCCGAUUUUAACAGGGCUCGUCUCCACCGAAUUUUUAAUGACUAUGUAGACGUUGUGGCUCGCAAGUACCCUUUGUGGAACCAAAGCAAUGGUGCUGAUCAUUUUAUGGUUUCCUGCCAUGACUGGGCUCCUGACGUGCCAGGUAGUAAACCAGAGUUUUUCAAGGACUUUAUAAGGGGACUUUGCAACGCCAACACAUCGGAAGGUUUCAAACCGAACAUCGAUUUCUCUAUACCUGAGAUUAACAUUCCUAAAGGGAAGCUAAAACCACCGUUCAUGGGCCAAAACCCUGAGAAUAGGACGAUCUUGGCUUUCUUCGCAGGAAGAGCUCAUGGAUAUAUACGGGAAAUCUUGUUCAGUUACUGGAAAGGUAAGGAUAAAGACAUUCAAGUGUACGACAACCUCACAAAGGGACAAAACUAUCACGAAUUGAUUGGUCAUAGCAAGUUUUGUCUUUGUCCUAGUGGCUACGAAGUGGCUAGCCCAAGAGAAGUAGAAGCCAUCUACUCAGGAUGUGUCCCUGUUGUGAUAUCUGAUAACUACUCGCUUCCUUUCAACGAUGUGCUUGAUUGGAGCAAGUUUUCGGUUGCGAUUCCAGUCAAACAAAUUUCUGAAAUCAAGAAAAUAUUGCAGGAGAUUCCACAUGACAAGUAUUUACAGAUGCAUAAAAAUGUUAUGAAGGUUAGAAGACAUUUUAUGGUGAAUCGUCCGGCUCAACCGUUUGAUGUCUUCCACAUGAUACUUCAUUCUGUUUGGUUAAGGAGGCUUAACAUUAAGUUGCCUUCUUGA